AUGCACUCGCGCCCCGGCUCCCUGUCUGGGAGUUUUGCGGACGACAGCACCGCGCCAUUUAUAUCUGAGAAAGGGGCAAAGAAGCACAUGUCCAAGUACGCGAACGCGAUACCUGUGCAUCAGCCGCCGAAGCAGCUAUCGGAGCGGCUUGAAUCCUGGCUGCAGAAUGACCGCCUGAUGUUUAUCGUGUACUUGCUGCUCUCCAUUUUCACGCGGCUGUACCGCAUUGGAAGCAACAGCAAAGUGGUGUGGGAUGAAGCGCACUUUGGCAAGUUUGGCUCCUACUACCUCCGGCAUACGUUUUACUUUGAUGUGCAUCCGCCGCUCGGCAAGAUUCUUGUCUCUUUAGCACAGUAUCUGAGCGGCUACAACGGCGACUUUGAAUUUGAAUCCGGCUCUGAUUAUCCCGAACACGUGCCGUACAUCAAGAUGCGUGUGUUGAUGGCAUUGUAUGGUAUCAUGAUGGUUCCCGUCGCGUUCCUCACUGCUCAGUCGUUCGGUUGGAACUGGCGCACGCGUAAUAUGUUCGUCUUGAUGGUGCUUCUCGACCAUGGAUGGCUCACGAUCUCGCGAUUCGUACUGCUCGAUAGCAUGCUGCUCAUCUUUACCCUCUGUGUCGUGCUGGGCUUGGUGCGCUUCCACAGGCUUCAGCAGCACUCUUUCACGCGUGCCUGGUGGUGUUGGCUCUUUUUCACUGGCGUUUCUAUCGGGUGCGUAUCGAGCGUAAAGAUGGUCGGUUUGUUUGUCACCUCCUUGGUCGGCCUGUACACCAUGGCCGACCUCUGGGACAAAUUUGGCGACUUGAAAAUGCCCGUGCGCACCUAUCUGCGGCACUGGUGUGCCCGCAUUCUUGCGCUGGUAAUUGUGCCUCUGCUCAUUUAUGCAUUUAGUUUUGCACUUCAUUUUCACCUGCUGUACAAGUCGGGCCCUGGCGAUGCGCAGAUGAGCAGUUUGUUCCAAUCGAACCUCAAAGGCAGCUCCCUGUCCAAGUACCCCCUCGAGGCCGCGUACGGAAGCAAAGUUUCGCUCAAGAACAAUGGAUAUGGCGGUGGCCUGCUGCAUUCCCACGUCCAGACGUUUCCCAUCGGAUCGCUGCAGCAGCAAGUUACGUGCUACCACUACAAAGACACAAACAACGACUUUCUCUUUUUGCCUUUGUAUAACGAGCCGCAGCUGCCAGAUGCGAACGACACAAACACGGAUCCUCCGCGCAUGCUCAAGAGCGGCGAUACCGUACGUAUGUUGCACGUUGAGACAAUGCAUGUACUGCAAACGAGAGAUAUUCCCGCGCCAGUAACCAAGGGCCAGCACGAAGUGUCUGGCUCCGCAGUGCUAGACUCCGACUCACGGCUAAAUGAGUGGAAGGUUGAGGUGGUGAGCGAUCUGGCGCUUGGCGCCGGCCAUGUCGGCUCGCCUGUGCGUACAUUAACCACGGCGUUCCGCCUGAAGAACGAUGAGCUUGGAUGCUAUUUGCGCGCUGCCAAUGUCAAUCUCCCCGACUGGGGUUGGAAGCAAGUUGAAGUGACGUGCGACCCCGAAAACAACCCCCGCGACGAGUUCACGCAUUGGAAUAUCGAGAACCACUGGAACGAUCGGCUCCCGGUGGAGUCUGGCCGCCAUUUCCGCUCGCCCUUUUUCAAGGACCUGGUCCAUUUGAAUGUCGCGAUGAUGGUGGCAAACAAUGCUCUCGUUCCUGACGAGGACAAGGAAGAUUCGCUUGCUUCGCAGCCAUCGGAAUGGCCCUGGCUGUGGAAUGGGCUACGCAUGAACGGAUGGGGCGCCGAUCAGGACAAGUACUUUUUGGUCGGCAACGUAUUCGUUUGGUGGGGAAGCACUGCUUCGCUCAUCAUCAUGUGCAGCCUGUUGGUAUGGUACUUUAUGCGCCGCCAGCGCAGGAUGUACGAUCUGAGCCCGGUGGUGUGGGACAACUUUUUGUUCGUCACGGGCGUUGGCCUCCUCGGCUGGUUUUUGCACUACCUGCCUUUCUUGAUCAUGGGUCGUGUCAUGUACAUUCACCAUUAUCUCCCGACGCUCUACUUUGCCGUGAUUGUAUACUGUGAACUUAUGGACCACUUCCUCUGGGGCAAGACUGCGCGCUACCGCUUUCAUUUCACACACCUUUUGCGCAUAGGCACCAUUCCAGCGCCCAAGAACAGGGCCUUGCGCGACGAAAACUGCGAUCCGCCGUGCGAAGGCCGCCCCCUGUCCGAGCGUUUGCGCAACAUUACAUUUGCGUGCACCGCCGCGCUCUGCAUCUUUGUUUUUAUCUGGUUCCGAGCCUUUUCUUUUGGCAUGUAUGGCGAUAUCAAAAACUGGCACGGUCUGCAGCUGCGCAAGAGCUGGAAUGUGUAUUAG